UCGGGUCAAUAUAUCGGUCUUCUGCGCAUGUCCCGGCAAUAACAACCAAUCGGGACACUUGGUGGGAAUAUGUUAGGGCUAUUAGGCGGCUGAUUUUGUACGGAACGGUAUCUAAUAUUGUACCUACAGUUAACUCUGCAACUUAUGCCUCUGAGUUGAAGCUUCUCAUGGACAUGCAUGGCAGUCAGUUUGCACAGAUAGAUGUUCAGAUGGCAGAGCUUGACCUGAGAUUUCAGAUCCUUGAAACAGCAAGUUAUGAUGGUACAUUGAUGUGGAAGUUGAGUGACUACACAAGGAGGAAGCAAGAUGCAGUACAAGAGAGGACACUGUCUUUGUAUUGUCAGCCAUUCUACACACACAGAUAUGGAUACAAGAUGUGUGCUCAGGUGUACUUGAAUGGAGAUGGUAUGGGAAAAGAAAGCCGUAUAAGUUUGUUUUUUGUGAUGAUGAGAGGUGAGUAUAACAACUCACUACCUUGGCCAUUUCAGCAGAAAGUGACAGUGUCAAUGUCAGAAUGUUUGUCUCUGUAAAAUCU